CUGUGGGGAGCCGUCCCGUAAACGCUGUGCCAUGUUGUUUCCCGUGAGCUCUUGCGCCGGGCAGCCUCGAUGUAUCCCAUCGUGCCUGGCGCCUUUCCGGCUACAGCUGCUCACAGCUCCGCCCUUUCCUGCGUGUAAGCGAUCAUGGCGCAGGGGCAGCGCAAGUUCCAAGCGCGGAAGCCGGUGAAGAGCAAGACGGCGGCGGCUUCGGAGCGGAACCGGGCCCCGAGGAAAGGAGGUCGUGUUAUCGCCCCCAAGAAGGCGCGCAUUGUGCAGCAGCGAAAGCUCAAGAAGGACCUGGAAGUCGGGAUCCGGAAGAAGAUUGAACAUGACGUGGUCAUGAAAGCCAGCACGAGCCUGCCCAAGAAGCUGGCACUGGUGAAGGCCCCCGCCAAGAAGAAGGAAGCAGCCUCCUCCUCCUCCACCAAGACACCUUCCUAAAGACGGCCCAGCGGAGGCCAUCACGGCAGCCCCCGCCUCCGUGCUCAGACCUCUGCAGGUGACUCCAUGGGCAGCACCGUGGACAGAAGCCCUGCUCCGGAGAGACUUGGGUUAUGGCUCAAACUUCUGGGUAGGGGUGUGGCCUUGCUUGUGAGCAGGCGACCAGCACAUCUAUAGGGCAUGGGUCGGUUUCCCUGGGUUGUGAGAACUCAGCAGUGGCCCCGAGAGCAAGUUCAACUCCCCAGUUCCUGUGUCCACUGGUUUACCCUGGAGCAAUAAACCUCGCUUUGCAUUGCUCCUGCAGUCACGUGCUCCUGUGAGCAGGCCAGUGCUGGGGCCACAGGCCAAGUGAACUAAGCCGGUCAGCCCCAGCAAUUUCUACAGAAGACCAGCCACAUGCAGGCUUUACCUCCCUCCCACCGGGUAAUUCCCACCAACCACCGGGUGAUUCCUCACUUACCUGCACACUCUACCCAGACAUGCCCAGGUCACCCCUUCUGCCAGGGACAAGCCAGGUGACAUCGGGAACCAUUUUCCAUCCAUAGGACAGAGUUGUUGACACCACUUGGUAGGGUCACAGUGCUGAUUAAACCAGAAUGCACUUAUGAACUACUCGGUGCCACCUUGAUCUACGAGUAUAAAAAGGUCACACAUCUAGUAGUUUCCUUUCGCUGCCUGUGGAUCAGGCAUUGUUUUAGUGCUUACCACACCACUUCAUCCCAGGUUGGGGUGUUAACUGCAGAUCCAGGACGUGAACCCACCACUGGCUGAGUCCCAGUGCUCACAGCUGACCAUCCCCAGCCUGUCUUCCCACACCAAGAUUCUCUCCUGCUCCAUCCUGGGUGUUCCCUCCCGAAAAUUGUCACUCUGGUCUGCUGGACUGGGUGCUGCCUGUGGAGUCAGCCAGGAGCUCCAGCCUAGUGACCUUCCUUCCGUGUGUUGGGGAUGAGGGGCAGGUCACAGUUCAUGGACCAGGCGGGACCCAGGGAAACGCCAAACUGGAAAGUCGCCAUCAAAUUCUGGCUCUGCUGCCGUAAUUCCUGAUUUUUUCAAGAUGUUAAUUAGGAUUUUUGUGUUUAUGAAAUUGCUCUCCUUGCUUGCUUGGUUUUUUUCUUUGUAAUUAAAAUUCACGUAUAAAAUUGAUAUUUAAAAGUGUACAGUUCAGUAGCAUUUAGUACAUUUCACAAUGUUUUGUGACCACCACCUCUAGUUCCAAAACUAUCACCUGAAAGAUGACCCUGUCCUCAUUAGCUGUCACUCCCCAUUCCCUCUUUCCCCAGUGUCUGGCAAUCAGUGAUCUGCUUUCUCUCUCUAAGGUGUUCUUUGAGUGAAGGAAUGAAUUGCUUCUGCAAGGAAAAUUUUGCUUUUAGUGACUCAGUUACCAUCAUUCAAUGUAUCAGCUGUACAAUACACCCUCCCAGGCUGUCUGAUUCAUAGCAUUAGCAUUUUCUUUGACCAAUUUUACAGCUCUGUAAAUUGUAAGCAGCUGAUAGCAAUACCAAACCACUCUUAUCUGUAGAUUUGCAAAUUCCAGCCAUUUCAACAGUUCCAUUAACAGCCCUCCUCCCCCGUGGUAAAACCAAUUUGCCUCCAUAUGUGUAACAUUUCACAUCUGCCUGAUCCCACGAGUUCAAUAAAAAUUUUAACACAUGUUCA